AUGAAAUCUUUGUGUAAUGAGUACACAAAGCCUAUUUCAAAUGCUAAAAAUGGUCAAUUUUCUUCAACUGAGGUGGAUACUUCUGAUUCAAGGUUUUUAGGAGAAUUUAGAAAUAUUCUUGAGGAAUUACAUAAACAUACCUCUGAAAAAGGAGGAGCAAGUUCGAAGUCAGAAUUAGUUAAAUAUAUUGAUGAAGAAAUUGAAGUUAGAAAAUUAGAUUUUGAUGUAUUGCUUUGGUGGAAAGUUAACUCACCUACAUUUCUAAUUCUCUCUGAGGUGGAUCGAGAUGUGUUGGUUAUUCUCAUUUCAAGUAUGGCAUCUGAAUGUGCUUUUAGUACUGGAGAUUGGCUUUGGAGUGAGCCACAACCCAUAAGGAUUGAGGAAGAUUUAGAUUUUCUUGAGCAACUUGAAGAAGCCAAUGGAACUCUUAAUCUCACACCUGAUCAGCCACACAACAAUUCCAACAAAGUCGGAAGAGUCUUGUUCAGUCACUCAAUACCUGUGUGGCCUGCUUCUUUUUCCACCUUAUUUACUAUAAGGAUUUCGACACAUCAAUCGAUUACUGGUGAUGGAAUGGCGUUCCUCAUAGCACAGGACGAUAAGCCCUCCCCACCGGAUAGUUAUGGCUCGUUUAUUGGAAUUCUUGAUCCUUCAACCCAAGGAGGCACACUUGAUCAGCUUGCUGUGGAGUUUGAUAAUUAUAGAAAUGAACACGAAAUCGAUGGAAACCAUGUUGCCGUUGUAACUACAAGUAUGGAGAGUCCUGUUGCAGUCAAAAGUUUAAGUGAUGCUGGAAUUGAUCUAAGGAGUGGAAGAAAUAUUACAAUAAAGAUUGAUUAUGAUGGUUGGACUAAAGUUCUUGAAAUAUCGGUAGCAUAUGCAGGGCAACCUCUAGUGAACUUUCUAAGACAAGAAAUUAUCAUGCAGGAAGCAGUUCCACGAAAUGCUUAUGUGGGAUUUUCAGCUUCCACUGCCUAUUUCUUAGAGGUACAUCAUGUUCUUAACUGGAAUUUCACAUUAUUUGAAUUGCCAGAAGAAUCUCUAAAGUAUGGGGUUGAUCCGAACAAGGAAAAUAUUGCUCUGCUGGUUGCUACUUCUAUCGCGAUUAUCUCAUUGGUAGUGGUUGUGUCGUUUCUCAUUACAGCUCGUAAGGAUAUAAAAGAAAGAUUUUAG